GCCGACUGCGCGGGCGGGGCGGGGCCGCUGCCGCCGGCGGGAGGUUUGACCUGGCCGCGGCGCCGCUCGGGGCUGGUGGCUGCCCGGCCGCGCGGGGCUGAGGGCGGAGAUGGCCACCAAGCGCCUGGCCAGGCGGCUGGGGCUGGCGCGGAGCAGCGGGCGGGCGCGGAGCGGCGGGCGGCCGGCGGCGGGGCAGCGCUUCGGGUACCUGAUCGUCCUGGACUUCGAGGCCACCUGCUGGCGGGACGGGCGGCGGCGCGGGCCCGAGAUCGUCGAAUUCCCAGCAGUCCUGUUAAACACUUCGACGGGAGAGAUUGAAUCGGAAUUCCACACGUAUGUCCAGCCCCAGGAGCAUCCUAUUCUCUCUGAAUUUUGUACAGAACUAACGGGCAUAACACAGGAUCAAGUUGAUGAAGGGGUCCCUCUAAACAUUUGUCUAUCACAGUUCAUGAAAUGGGUUCAAAAGAUGCAAAAGGAGAAGAAAAUCAUAUUCACUACAGAUAUUCAAAGUAAUGCUACUCCAGAAGCAAAAGCAUGUACCUUUGUUACUUGGACAGAUUGGGACCUGGGUGUGUGCUUGCAGUAUGAGUGUAAAAGGAAGCAGCUACGAAAACCUGACAUUUUAAAUUCCUGGAUUGAUCUCAAAGCAACAUACAGGGCCUUCUAUAAUAGGAAGCCUAAAGGGCUAAGUGGUGCUUUGCAGGAUUUGGGCAUAGCUUUUGCAGGACGGGAACAUUCUGGGUUGGAUGAUUCUCGGAAUACUGCCCGUCUUGCUUGGAGGCUGAUUUGUGAUGGAUGUGUGCUGAAGGUUACUAAAUCUUUGGAUAAGGUACAUCCAAAGAACAAUUUAAUUUCCAGAACAUUGACUGUAAACUUCACUGACAAGACUCCACUGGGAAGUAACAGCAGACCUGAAACAUCUAGAGCUGGAACUUGUAAAACAAAUUCUCUGGCUGAGGAAAACCAGAAUGGUGUUGCUGGAAUUAAGAUAAAUUCUAAUGUACAAACUGAGGAACAACAGACCACUUGCACAGAUUCCUCUGCAGAUGUCCACGCUGUACCUAGUGGCAGCUCAAGGACUGAGUUAAAUGCUCAAUCCCGAAGCUCUUCAACCGUAUCUACUGGCAGAUUUGCUGUUCUUGAGCGGGCACAGCAAUCUCCCAAUGUUGCUACUGCAUCAGCAGGCAUUUGGCAAGGACUGAGCAAAGGGCAGCCUCUGAGCACAGCCAGAUAUAGCCCUCCAGGACAUGGAUCAGGACUAGUGCUCUUCUCAACUACCAUCUCCUCAGUUAAUAUCUCCAAUGAGGAUAUCAGUACCAGUUCUGAUUGCUUAUCUCUGCUGACUGACUGGGAGGAUGUCGCUUUAAUACCAGAAUCUCAGUAUGAACAAAAUUCGGACUGUGUUCAAUUCAAAGAUGACUCAAGUACAGAUAUUUUAACAGUGUUUGAAGAAAAAACAGCUUCAAAACAAUCAGCUGCAAUGAGUUCAGAUAAUCAAAGUUUGGAGAAAACUGUAGCACCCGUGGAACCUCUGAAAUCGAUUAUUUACAAAAGUCCUGAUACUACGAUCUAUAAUGUAGGAAUGGUACAAAAGCAGACUUCAGAUUUUUCAGCUUUUAAGUUACCAUCUGCAAAAGUAAAUGCUAUUCCAGCACAAUCUGCAUUAACUGGAAAUUAUUCUACUCCUUCGGAGGUUCCUAAAAGAAAGCCAACUAGUCCAAAAACAUUCCCACCAGCAAAAAAACAGUCCUUUGCUAUAUAUCAAGAGAAAACUGCAUCUUUUGAUCAUUCCUUACCUUUAAGAAGUUCAAAGUUGCCCCAAGUGCCUCCUGUCGUUCCGAACUCUGCAGUCAAUUCAAAUCGGUCUGUAACAGCUGUGAAAAAUGGAAAAGCAACUCCCCCUUUGUGUAAGUGCGGUCGAAGAGCUAAAAAACUGUAUGUGUCAAGUGCCGGUCCAAAUCAUGACAAAGCAUUUUUUUGUUGUCCUGUUGGCAAGCAUGAAGGUAGUAAGAAAGGCUGUGGAUACUUCAAGUGGGAAUAUGCAUUUCUGAAAGAGAAAUCUAAUGGUCUCGCCGUGAAUGCAGGUGCUUUGACCUCUCUUGGAACUGUUGCUAGUAAUUUAGGAACUUCUUCCAAUAAAAAAUAUUUGUGUCUUAGACCCUCUAUGAGAACUUGAAAAUUGAUAAUAUUUUGUCCCAAUCUUAAACUCAGUAAGUUGACCAAUCUUAAUACAAUCAGGACAGUCAAAUGAGGUCAGAUACAUGUUCUGAGAAUGGGACAAAAAUGACACUUGGUUAACAUGGAUACAAAUGGAAAUUGCUCAAGCAUGCAAAAGUAUGUAUGUCAUAAAGUAUGUUGUUAAUGAAGUGUGAGUGAACAGAUAAAACUACUAAGUGCUAAAAUUAAAGUAUGAGCAGCUGUUGCUACAAAACUUAAAUUUCCGCUUUAUCAUGUUAUUUUAAAUUCUUUACUAGUCCAGUCCUUAAAUAAUAUUUUAAUGACACAGAUUUUAUUUAAACUUUUUUUCUAAAUAUACUUGUAACGAUAACUAAAUUGUAAAAAUGUAUGUAGAAGUUGGCACACUUCUCAAAAGUGAUUCUUGAAGCAAUAGUGUUCUCUUAAACUCUGGGGGUUUUUAUCCUUUAAAUAACAAUAAAGAUAAAAUGCUGGUGA